AUGAGAAUCUUGGCGACAGCCCUCCUACUUGCCACGGCUUCCAUCUCGGCGGCCGAUAACCGGCCGAGCCUCGACGAUGCCGUCUACAAGGACCCGAAUGCCUCAGUUGACGACCGUAUUGCCGACCUUCUCUCUCGUAUGACGAUUGAAGAGAAGGCAUCCCAGCUCCUCCAGGGCGACAUCCGCAAUUGGAUGAACGAGAAUACGGGCGCGUUGAACGAGACGGGCCUAGAAUGGAGCACGGCGUAUCGCGGGAGCUCGUUUUACGUUGGCGUCCCCGUUCCAAACGACUGGCUUGCAAAGAAUAUCAAGGUGGCGCAGGAUUAUAUCCAGGAAAACACCUACCUCGGCAUCCCCGCGUUUGUGCAGACCGAGGGUAUCCACGGGUUCCUGGCUCACAAUGCCACCAUUUUCAACUCACCUAUUGGUCUCGCCUGCUCCUGGGACCCCUCCUUGAUCCAUGACAUGGCCGUGGCUAUCGCUAAGGAGUCCCGGGCCUUUGGCGUGAACCAACUGUUCGCUCCACUCGCCGAUCUGGCCCGCGAGCUCCGUCACGGUCGUGUCGAGGAGAUGUACGGCGAAGACGGCUUCCUGGUCGGCGAGUUCGCCUAUGCCUUUGUCCAGGGCGCACAGUCUGAAGGGGUUAGCGCCAUGGUCAAGCACUUCGCCGCCUUUGGUGUGACAGAACAGGGGUUGAACACAGGCCCGAUGCAUGCCGGUGAGCGUGAGCGCCGCACGACGUAUCUGCCUUCCUACCGCCGGGCCAUCAUCGAUGGUGGCGCCUACUCCAUCAUGACGGCCUACCACAGCUUCGACGGGAUCCCCGCCGUGGCCGACCCGCACUUGCUCACGGACAUUCUACGCGAGGAGUGGGGAUACCAGUACUUUACCAUGACGGACGCCGGCGCGUCCGACCGGCUAUGUGUGGAUUUCAAGAUGUGCAAGUCGGACCCCAUCGACAAGGACGCCAUUGUCCAGUAUAUUCUCCCCGCUGGUGGCGAUGUUGAGAUGGGCGGCGGUUCUUAUUCUUUUGAGAAUAUUCCGAGUCUUGUGUCGGCCGGCAAGCUCGAUGAGGAGAUUGUCAACACCGCCGUCAGCCGCGUGCUCAGGGCCAAGUUUGAGCUCGGCCUCUUCGAAGCUCCUUAUCCUGGACUGCCAAUAGAUGAGGCUAACAAGGUUCUCCACGCACCGGAGCAUGUCGCGCUGGCGCAAAAGAUUGACGAGGAGUCCAUUGUGUUACUCGAGAACCACAACAAGGUGCUUCCGCUGAAGAAGGAUGCGUCCGUUGCCGUGAUCGGACCCAUGGCACACGGUUUCAUGAACUAUGGCGACUACGUGAUUGUCAACUCCUCCACGCGCGGCGUCACACCCCUCGAUGGCAUCAAGGCGCUCAGUGAGGGAACCGUUACCUAUGCCAAGGGAUGCGAGCGCUGGUCAUCUUCCCAGGACGGAUUCGGCGAUGCUGUUGCUGCGGCCGAAGCGGCCGAUGUGGCGGUGGUUGUCGUUGGGACUUGGUCCCGGGACCAGAACGAGCUUUGGCAAGGACUCAACGCCACGACGGGCGAACACGUCGACGUGAACAGUCUCGACUUAGUGGGCGCGCAGGAACCACUUGUCCGGGCCAUCGUGGCCACCGGAAAACCUACCAUUGUCGUCUUCUCUUCCGGCAAGCCUGUCACGGCACCCUGGAUCUCGGAGAACGCAGCCGCACUUGUGCAGCAAUUUUACCCAUCGGAGCAGGGCGGUGCCGCGCUCGCCUCCAUUUUGUAUGGUGACGUCAACCCCAGCGGGAAACUCUCAGUUAGCAUCCCGUACACUGUCGGCGAUCUCCCCGUUUACUACGACUACCCGAACUCAGGUCGCCCGUCCACCCCUGACGCGGGUGUGGCAUACGAGAACGGCACUUUGAUCUUUGGCCACCAGUACGUGUUUGGCAACCCUAGCCCACUCUACGAGUUUGGCUAUGGUUUGAGCUAUUCGACAUUCACGUACGGUAACGUCACGGUUAACAAGAAGACGGUUACGCCUGAAGACACGGUUGAGGUCAGCGUAACGGUGAAGAACACAUCCGAGCGGGAUGGCAAGGAAGUGGUGCAGGUCUACGUAAAGGAUGUGAUCGCUAGCAUCGUGGUGCCCAACAUCCAACUCCGGGGCUUCCAGAAGGUCGCGCUGAAGGCGGGUGAAGCCAAGCAGGUAACCAUCAAGGUCAAGGUGCAGGAUCUGGGAGUUUGGAAUGCGCAGAUGAAGUAUGUUGUAGAGCCGGGCGACUUUGUGUUUAGCGUGGGCACCUCAAGUAGCGAUUUGAAGGGGAGCGUCACUGUUGUUGUGGAGUAG